CCGCCCAGGGGCCCAAGGACGCCUGAAGGGCGGGGCGGGAGGUGGCGGGCCAAUGGCGGGGCAGCGCCUCACCUGGCCGUCCAAGCUGGGCCCAGGUAUGCCGGUGGCUCCGCCCAGCGCCCAGCCCCGGUCCCUCCCCAGGCGGGACUCCGGGAGCGGAAAUUCCUGCGCGGGCGGGACCCGGCGGGAGCGGAUCCCAGCGGGCGGUCUCGGCCAUGGAGCCGGUAGCGAGCUGGACCCCCGGGAAGGUGGCAGCCUGGCUGAGAGGCCUCGAUGACUCCCUGCAGGACUAUUGCUUUGAGGACUGGGAGCUGUCUGGCAAGUACCUGCUCCAGCUCUGUCCCCGAAGCCUUGAGGCUCUGACCGUGUGGCCUCUGGGCCACCAGGAGCUCAUCCUGGAAGGGAUAGAACAGCUCCGGGCCCUGAGCUCUGGGCUACAGACAGAGAACCUUCAGAGCCUGACCGAGGGGUUGCUCGAGGGGACCUAUGCUUUCCAGAACUUAGUCCAAGGCCACCUGGAAGGCUGUGCCGAGCCCCCUGCUGAUGUCCUCAGUGCCGCUGUGGAGCUGGCCCAUGAGGCCCGGACCCUCCUCUUCUGGCUCAAUAGGUAUCUCUUCUCCCACUUAAAUGACUUCUCAGCCUGCCAGAAGAUUGGGCAGUUGUGCGGGGAGCUGGGCCAGGCCUUGCAGGAGGACAGUCCUGUGGCUGAGAAGGAGAGCAGAGUGCUGGGGAUUUGCAGCCACGUGGCCGGGAUCUGCCACCACAUCCUGAGCUGCAGCCCCCAGGAGCUGCUGGAGCAGAGGGCUGUGCUGGAGCGCGUGCAGCUGGACCAUCCUUUGGGCCUGGAAGUCCACACCACCAGUAACUGCCUGCACUUCGUGUCCUGUGUGGGCACCCAGGUCCCUGCCGACUCCCGGCUGCAGAUCCUGCCUGGAGACGAGAUUGUCCAGGUCAAUGAGCAGGUGGUGGUGGGCUGGCCCCAUAAGAACGUGGUGAGGGAGCUGCUGCGGGAGCCAGCCGGGGUCAGCUUAGUGCUGAAGAAGGUCCCCGUGCCAAAGACCCCUCCACAGACCCCUCCUCCAGUCCCGGGCUCCCCACAGCUGACGAGCCCCUCGCUGGCUUUCACCGCACUGUCUCCCAGGGCCUCAUCCAAAGACGUCUUUGCCUUUGACCUGACUUCAAACCCAAGGUCUGCACCCAGCCCUACCUGGACAGACUCCACCUCGCUUGACCUUGAGUCCCGGCCCAUUCUCCCUGCGCCCCCAGCCACACUGCCCACAGGGGUAGCGGAGGCUCAGGAAGCCCCAGAACAGCCUGACAAGAGUCCUGUUUCUGGUCGGAAUAAAUCAAAAGGCGUGGCGACACGGCUGAGUCGCCGGCGGGUGUCGUGCCGGGAGCUGGGCCAGCCGGACUGCGACGGCUGGCUCCUGCUGCGCAAGGCGCCCGGUGGCUUCAUGGGCCCGCGCUGGCGCCGCUGCUGGUUUGUGCUCAAGAGACACACGCUCUUCUGGUACUGCCAGCCCCGGGAUGAGAAGGCUGAGGGCCUCAUCAAUGUUUCCAACUACAGUCUGGAAAGUGGACAGGAUCAGAAGAAAAAAUAUGUGUUCCAGCUCACCCAUGACGUGUACAAACCCUUCAUUUUCGCUGCUGAUACCCUGGAGGAUCUGAGCAUGUGGGUGCGCCAUCUCAUUACCUGCAUUUCCAAGUACCAGUCUCCAGGGCGGGCCUCCCUGCCCCGAGAGGAAGACUGCUACAGUGAGACAGAAGCAGAAGACCCUGACGAUGAGGCUGGGUCCCGCUCAGCCUCGCCCAGCCCAGCCCAAGUUUGGAGUCCACUCCAUGGAGACACGUCACCCGCAGCCACCCCCACGCAGGGCAGCCCACGGACUUCCUUUGGCCCACCAACAGACAACAGUGAAGGGGCGCUGGAAGGAAUGGUGCAGGGACUGAGGCAGGGUGGUGUGUCCCUCCUGGGCCAGCCGCAGCCCCUCACUCAUGAACAGUGGCGGAGCUCUUUCAUGCGGCGCAACCGAGACCCCCAGCUCAACGAGCGAGCGCACCGCGUGCGUGUGUUACAGAGCACGCUCAAGGCAAAGCUGCAGGAGCUGCAGGCCUUGGAGGAAGUGCUAGGUGACCCCGAGCUGACAGGAGAGAAGUUCCGACAGUGGAAGGAACGGAACCAAGAGCUCUACUCAGAAGGCCUGGGAGACUGGGGAGUGGUGCAGGCUGAGGGCCACUCCCAAGUCCUGAGCUCUGACCCCAGAGAACAAUCUUCCCACCCCCUGCCCUCUGACCCUGAGGAGCAGUCCUGUCUCUGCCCCCUGACCCCAGAGAGCAACCUCCGACCUCCUGACCUCUGACCCUGGUCAGUACCCUGGUCAGUACCCUGGCUCCUGACCACCUCAGCCCCCAAGCCUCUGACAUGUCUAGGACAGAGCAUCCCCGGGUUCUCUUCAAGGCUGGAAGUAGUGCUAGUCCAUGUGUCACCCCAGAUGCCCCCCUUUGCCUACGCAUCCACCAUUUCUGCUCCUCCCUCCCCUAGAGUGGGAUAAAGUGAAGUGAGCUCUGUGCCAUCCUCUCUCGCCAAUGAAGGAAUGGCAAGCUGGGCUGAAAGAAAUUCCCUUCCACCUCAUCCUCCCACCUGUGGGGGCACAAACCUGUCCCCCCUCCAUCUCUGGCCCUUCUCCCUUCCCCAAACCAGUCUUGUAUAGGUGUUCCUUUUACACAAACACUUUCAGCAAAAUAAAAUCAGUUUAUCUAAAAUGAA